UCCAGAGGCCGGCAUAAACACCACUAUUUCUCUCAUCCAGGAGGUACCAUCUAUCAUACAAACAGUCUUUAUACCGAUUUGUGAAUAGUCGAGGAUCAUGCUUUGUGAUCGCUGUACUGCUGUCUUUCAAGAUCCUAAGAUUUCCAUCUCGCCAUUCCAUCCCCGCCAGCAGCUCAACGAUGACGACCUACAUGUCUUGCAUCCCAACUUUGCAUCUCUCGAGGCUGGGCUGAAAGACGAAUGCGGUCUCUGCCAUCGAAUUCUUCAUGCCCUGUCGUCCAAGGGAGAUAGUCAGAUUUUGACCGAUUUCCAAUUAAGCCCAGACGUUGAUCCGGAAACAUUUUCUAUGCGAUAUCGCCUUGCUUAUGAGUCUGAUAAUGGGAAAGUCGUUUCAUGCUUGGCUGUCUGUCUUUCACAGAGAGCAGGCAAAGAGCUGCGGGAGCAUUGCAUGGAGUAUCUGGUCAUCUCUCCUGAACAGGCCCCUUUGACAGGAGAACCAGCCAUAGAGACAGGGAAUAGACCCACUACAGCAUCGAUUAAUACCAUUACUUCCUGGAUUGAGAAUUGCAACAAGAACCAUUCCCUAUGCAGCAGAGAGGGAGAACCUUGUUUGAAUCCCCAGUUCGCCCGGAUCCUGGACCUAGGCGAUGUGCCCGACGCACCCGAGGUGAAGCUUUGUCUCUCAGAGAGUCUCGAGCUCGAUGUUAAAUACGUGACGCUCAGCCAUUGCUGGGGAGGCAUCACUUCCGAGAUCCUGUCUCUGACCACAGAAACGUACGACGAGUGCUUACAGCACAUUGCCGUCGUGGACCUGCCUCAAGCUUUUCAGGAUGCAGUCUACUUGACUCGGAAACUGGGGAUUCGAUACUUGUGGACUGAGUCUCUAUGCAUCAUUCAAGAUUCUCCAAAGGACUGGCUGGACCAGGCAGGAGUGAUGGGUGAGGUUUAUCAGGGUUCGUAUCUGAACAUCUCCCCGGAUACCUCGCUAGAUCCGAAUGGUGGACUCUUCACAACAAGAAAUUCUGUCUUGGCAACACCUCUGCGAAUCUCGAUCCGGGGUAAUGGCAUUGACCCGCAAGACGAUCUUCCACCUUUCAGACUAGAAGGUGCCUCAGUGCUUGUAGCAGAAGCUUCACCGCCCCAAGCUCUCGAGAUAGAGAUUGAUCUCAACACCCGUCUUGGUAACAAAGACGGAAACUUCGAUCUCAAGGAUAAGGACUUUUCUUGGAGUGCACGGAACGUCGAAUUGGUAGAAAAUACUCUCUGCGCCGAACUAAAAGCCAUAUCUGGAGAGUGGAGAUGCAGAUGCGUGGACGUGAAGGAGCUUUUAGAGGGAUUUAUCUUUAUCUCGGAGCCCCAAGAAGUCGACCUUAACGAAUGUCUCGCAAACAGAGAUGGCGCUUUUAGUACCGAUGGUACAGACUUCGCUUUCACUGCAAGAAAUAUGUCCCUCGAAGGAAGCAUCUUACGAGCUGAACUCCGAAAGAUGAACGGGGAAUGGAGACAGGAUAUCAUCAACUUGACCAGCUGUGUUAGCUGGUCAUCGGGGCGACUACGUCCUACAAAGCUUGUGGAGACCUUCUACGAUGUUGCCACGGACGGCCACACCAAACGGUCAAGACAGACCUUGGAAGCGAAAUCCAAUACCAAGGAAUGGGUCUUCCAAGAAUCCCUGCUAGCACCACGAGUAGUGCAUCUUACGGAUCGGCAGUUGAUUUGGGAAUGCACCACUUCAAAGACUCUUGACGAGAGGUCGAAUGAAGAAAGCGAUAAUCGACAAUUUUUGGAGCCGGAGGACCCAUACUCCGUGGACUUACACCAUGAACCAAAAACAAGGGAGUUGGGACUCGAUUAUAUUUGGUCUUCAUUCAGAGCAAUGUACGGUCGUGAAAAAUCCACUUUCCGGAGGAAGACUCUCUCUCGGAAUUCAGAUAUCCUAAGGAAAGCCAAGCACAUGUGCUACGGAGAAAGUGCCUUUGAGCCAACGCAUCCUCUUAUCAAAUACUGGUCCAACAUCACGGUCAGCCACAGCGUUGCCUAUCCAAGACAAAUAGACCGCUUGAUAGCCGUUGCUGGUCUGGCGAAGAUAUUGUCGACCAGAACGAGUUUUCGCUAUGUUGCUGGACUUUGGGAAAUCCAACUCCCACGGCAGUUGCUCUGGACCCCCUCACAUUCGAAGGAGAUACAAACCGAAGACUACGCCGCGCCAUCUUGGUCAUGGGUAUCAUACCCUGGUGGUAUAAUAGAAAAUGGAUUAAAAUUGGACCCCGCCCUCCAAACAAAUGGCGCCAUGGAUCUAAUCAAGAUUCUCUCUAUUGACAUCGAAGGUAUAUCUGAAAAGGAUGACAUGCCCUUCGGCCAGGUAAAAGAUGGUCGUCUUCUUAUUCGGGGUCGCCUGCUCCCCAUCGCGCUCGAUCUCAGCGCUUGGCCAGAGGGUGCUACACGGGGCGAUGCACUCAUUCAGUCCUGGACCGGGUCCACAUCAGAAGCUCCCUGCGGAGAAACCUUCCUCGCUCCAGUCUUUUUUACAUGCUGUGACGAUGAACCUUCAAACACCACACCUAAUUCUCUGCUCCUGGAAUCAACAGAAGAAAAAGGCGUGUUUCGUCGCAUCGGGACAGCACGGCUUAGCAGUUGCUGCGACUUGAGGAACAUAACACCACAACUGUACACAGCUGAAUGCGUUGACCACGAGUACGAAGACGACGAUGCGGGCGAGAGUGAGGCUAGCGCAGAAGAUGACGGUUUCGUAAUAAUCCCCACUUCCGACGCAGUUGAACCCAAUCCGCAGCAGGAAGCCAGCGACAAUUCUACAAGCCAUCACGCCUCAAAUGAUACGCAAUAUACCUUCCUAGACGAAGCGAGUGAAGUCGCCACCGAACUCGCGGCAGCCCCAGACGAUGAGCGGGCCAUGACACCUGAGGAGAUAAUAAGCAGUACCGAGAGGGAGAUUUCACGGUGGAACUCACUCUUUCCAAAACUUCCUAAGCCGGAAGAGGAGUUUGAUGUUGAUAUUGACGCUGGCGAACUGGAGCGUGAAAUGACGGGCUUCUACAAUGAUGAUUCAGCUAGUUCUGAUCGGACGAAAACUCAGUCGGGGCUUAAGAGGAAGAUACAGAAGUUGACACCAAAGGAUGCGAUUGCAGGUCAUUAUUAUAUUGGUUAUAUUGAAGAUGAUAAGGAUGUGAUUCGGUAUGGGCAUUUCGUCUUUGAAAUUCGUUGAUAGAAUAACCUGGGGUGUCUGCGGGCCCUAAACAAUGAUGAAUGUGAACCAGUUCCACGAGUAUUUCACAUGGCGAACUUGAUAUUCAACCUCACGAAAAAAACAAUCUCAGCACUUCAAUCAGAAGACAAGAUCAAACCCAGUCCUCGUA